GCCCGCGUGAUCAAAAAACCGUCAAAGACGUCAUCAAAAAGUUCACCAAUGAUUGUGUGAGUUUAACGGAGUGGGCGGUGCCUCCUGUCAUUCCGUAAUCUGAUUGGCUGUCGCGUCCUGACUGAGCUUUUUUAAAAAGAUGUUAUAAACACAGCGGCGCUUGACGAGGAGCAGCAGCAGGCUGAGGAGCGCCGCGAUUAUCGGUGAUGAGGGUCAGUGAGUUCGAUUCCUCUGAUGAAGAGGAUGGUGGUGAUGAAGAGUCUUACACUCCUCUACAGAUCUCCUGGUUGUCCUUGUCGGUGGUUGAGUGCUCACAGUUCCUCGGUAUUUGCUCUUUACCAGGAUGCAGAUAUAAAGACAUCAGGAGAAAUCUGGAGAAAGACGUGGGCGAGCUGUGUGCACAGGGUGUACAGGACGUGUUUGUGUUGUGUGAGAGGGCGGAGCUUGUGCGUUACAGAGUGCCGUGUUUGUUGGAGUGUUACACUCGGAGUGGACUCACUGUGCACCACCUGCCCUUCCCUGACGGCGGCGCUCCUGAGCUGCACCAGUGCACUCGCAUCCUGGACGAGCUGCAGCACUGCUUACGCACCCAGCGCCGCACCGUCAUCCAUUGUUAUGGAGGUCUGGGCCGCUCCGGACUCGUCGCUGCGUGUUUGCUGCUGCAGCUCUCCGUCUCCAUGACACCCGCUAAAGCCAUUGAGAUCCUGAGAGAGCUGAGAGGAGGUGGAGCCAUUCAAACUGUCAAACAAUACAACUUCCUGCAUGAGUUUCGGGAGAAGUUUGCUGCUUAUCAGGAAACCAAAGAGUCCAGAAGCUCGGAGAGAUCUGUCUCCAGAUAGCCCCGCCCCCCACCUUUAACCAUAGUUUAAGAAAAGUGUCAUGUCUGGUCUCAAGCUGAUAUGAUCUUCACAUUCUGGGUUUUUCUGUUAAUAUUAUGGGAUAGAUUACAGCGUCGCUGUUCACCUGAAGUGGGGGGUGGGGUGCCAAUACUUUUUGAACUGCCCUGUACAGCAUGCUGGUGAUCGGUCAUCUGUGAAGUGGACAUUGUUUCCCUCUGAACAACAAAUUAGAUACAUUCAGCUUCUCUUUCACUCAGUGAAUACACACACACACACACACACACACACACACGGAGUUAAGAGAGAGAGUUAUGCGGUCUGCAGUGUGUAUAGAGCGCUGUGAUUUCUGCUGUAUUUGGGUUUGAUGUUAUUAAUAUAAAGCUUUGCACUGAUGAUUGAAGAAAUAAAAACAGUGAUUAGAUCUGAUGGACUUGAUCUGAGACAGUAUUUAAACAUGAGCCUGUGUAAGGAAGAGGAGGUGACUCUGGAACUGGUGAUGUUUUAACGUCAUAAAUAAAUAAAGCAGGUUCCUCACAGGGAUGUGGAUCAGAUCAGGAGUCAUAAAUAACAUCAACUUCUCAAGAGGCGUGUUUAAGAAGACUCAAGAACUUUAUUGUUCUUUCUUGUGGCUUACACACACACGUCUGAUGUAUGGUGUGUUCUCCUGCAGUGUGAGAUCAGUGUAGGAGUGUGUGUGUGUGUGUGUGUGGGGAUUAAUGCUGCACUCUUUUGUAUUCAGAAACA